GCACCGGACCGGAAAGCCCAGGGAGGUGGCCGUGGCGGGAGGGUCGGAGCCAUGGCGGCCAAGACGGCGGGUGGGGGGCGCUGGGAGGUGGUGAAGAAGGGGCGGCGGCCUGGGGCCGGCGGCAGUGGUAAAGGCGGCGGAGGGGACCGCCGGGCGCUCGGGGAGGCGAACGGAGUGUGGAAGUACGACCUGACCCCUCCAAUCCAGACGACAAGCACCCUGUAUGAGCGGGGCUUUGAGAAAAUCAUGAAACGGCAGAAUAAGGAGCAGGUUCCACCCCCUGCUGUGGAGCCUAAGAAACCGGCCACCAAGAAGCAGACUAAGAAGGGAGCAACCGUCACCAACCAGAACCAGAAGCAGGGCCGCUUUCGCAGCCUGGAGGAGGCGCUGAAAGCUCUGGAUGUGGCAGCUCUGCAGAAGGAACUGGACAAGAGCCAGAGCGUGUUCUCUGAGAACCCGUCCGUGUGGUUGAAGGACCUGGCCAGCUAUCUCAACUACAAGCUCCAAACGCCCACAAGUGAACCUACCCUAAGCCAGCAUACUCACGAUUAUCCCUACAGCCUGGUGAGCCGGGAGCUGCGUGGGAUCAUCCGAGGGCUACUGGCGAAGGCAGCGGGGUCCCUGGAGCUCUUUUUCGAUCACUGUCUGUUCACCAUGCUGCAAGAGCUGGAUAAGACGCCAGGUGAGUCACUGCAUGGUUACCGCAUCUGUAUCCAGGCCAUUUUGCAAGACAAGCCUAAGAUUGCCACCACGAAUCUGGGCAAGUUCCUGGAACUGCUAAGGUCCCACCAGAGCCGACCAGCCAAGUGUCUGACCAUCAUGUGGGCCCUGGGUCAAGCAGGUUUCGCCAACCUCACCGAAGGACUGAAAGUGUGGCUGCGGAUCAUGAUGCCUGUGCUGGGCAUCAGGUCCCUGUCUCCCUUCGCCAUCGCCUACCUGGAUCGCCUGCUCCUGAUGCACCCCAACCUCACCAAGGGCUUUGGUAUGAUUGGCCCCAAGGACUUCUUCCCGCUUCUGGACUUUGCCUAUAUGCCCAACAACUCCCUGACUCCCAGCCUGCAGGAGCAGCUCUGUCGGCUCUACCCACGACUGAAGGUGCUGGCAUUUGGGGCAAAGCCGGAAUCCACCCUGCAUACCUACUUCCCCUCCUUCCUGUCCAGAGCCACCCCUGGCUGCCCUCCGGAGAUGAAGAAAGAGCUCCUGAGCAGCCUGACCGAGUGCCUGACGGUGGACCCCCUCAGCACCAGCGUCUGGAGGCAGCUGUACCCCAAGCACCUGCCACAGUCCAGGCAGGUGGUGGUGGUGGGAUGGGGGGGUACCUGCUCUGAUCCACACAGAAAAGCCUUACCUCGUGCUUCCCAGCAUGUCCCUAAAAGCAGAAGGGGAGUGUUCCUCACUGUUCAGGUUCCGCGGGAGUUGCCGUGGGCCUCUAGGAAGCUGCUUCUCUGCGGGUGGGGCGUGGACUCUCGGCCCGAAGGAGCGGGGCCCUCACGGAGGGCAGGAGGAUGGGACAGGCCGAGCGGGCCCCCUGAUGGAAAGGGCUUGUGCUUUCCCCACAGCCUGCUGCUCGAGCACUUGCUCAAGUCCUGGGAGCGGAUUCCCAAGAAGACACAGAAGUCUUUGCAAGAAACGACUCAGUCCUUCAAGCUUACCAACCAGGAUCUGCUGAGGAAGGGCAUCGACAGCAACCAGGAUGCCAUCGCCUGCGACACAGCCUGCACGAGUCUGUUGCAGCAGGCACGAGGCUUCCGGCUGCCCUGGGCACGGCUUCUCAUGUUGGUGCUGGUCUUUGCCGUAGGUUUCCUGUGCCAUGACUUGCGGUCACACAGUUCUUUCCAGGCCUCCCUCUCUGGCCGGUUGCUUCAGUCAUCUGGUUUCUUGCCCGCUGGCCAGCAAGCAUGUACCAAGAUCUACUCCUACAGCCUGCAGGGCUACAGCUGGUUGCAGGAGAGCUUGCCGGCCUGGGGUUCCCACCUGCUGACCACGGCGAGGCCCAGCCUGCAGCUGGCCUGGGCCCACACCAAUGCCACGGUCCGCUUCCUUUCUGCCCACUGUGCCUCCCACCUUGCCUGGCUCGGUGACAGCCUCACCAGCCUCUCCCAGAGGAUCCAGCUCCCUGAUGCCCUGAACCAGCUGCUCCAUUCUCUGAGGGAGCUGCUCCUGUUUCUUUACCAGAACGUCCUACUUCCCAUGUGGCACCUGCUGCUUGAGGCCCUGGCCCGCGCCCAGGAGCACUGCCACGAGGCAUGCAGAGGUGAGGUGACCUGGGACUGCGUGAAGACACAGCUCAGCAAGGCUGCCCACUGGACCUGGCUCUGCCUACAGGACGUCACAGUGGCUUUCUUGGACUGGGCACUUGCCAUGAUAUCCCAGCAGUAGGCCCUGCCUCCCUGGCCACUGGGUUCUGUCAGGAGCAGACUGUCUGAGACUCUGGGAGUAGAAGUGGCACUUUUCGUGGGAGUCUUUGUUCCUUGGUGCCUGAGUUCUGUCUUCUAGGCAAGUGGCUGGCUGCCUCUGCCUCAGUUCUUCCAGCUCUGGUGGCAGCUGAUCCCAGAGGUCUCUCAACCUCCUACCCACGAUUCCACUGACCACUGCCCUGCCCUGUUGCACAAAACUCCCAGCCUCUGCCCUUGGGAGGCUGGGAGCCUCUCUCGCCUCCUCUCUUGUCUCCUGCUCUCCACUUCCUUCUCUCUCAUUCCCAAAGCCUCAAACAGCUCAUCUCCAAAGAGGUGGGACUCCAGCCAGUGGCUUCUGCAUUCUUCUGAAGAAUGAUUCCUGCUUCCAGGCUUUGGUCACAGAAGAAAAAAGAAAGGGACCUCCAGAAGAAUCCAGAAGAACAUGGCAGCACAGUGGGUGGUAGCAGCAUCACCUCUACCCACAGUCUGAGUGUGGCUGUCUGUGCGGAUGGAGGCCUGAGUGGACAGGCCUCUCACCUCAAAAUGCUCAACUUAGGUUCUUCAAGGCCCCUCGCUGCCCCUUCCAUCUGGGUCCUGCUUCCUCACUCUCCAUUACCCUUCAGCGCUGGGGGUCUCCGCCCUAGUGUUCAGCCUCUGCUGCCAACCCCUACCAUCUGUCUGGAGAGCAGAGCCCAGGUAGUCCUGUGCCCCCAGCCUAGGGAACCUUCCAGCAGCCUGUUGAGACAGGAUGUAGCAUGUGGCCCGUGGGUAUGCCUGCUCGGUGGAAUAAAGGAUGCAGACUUGAUUUCUAGCUUUCCUUUGUGCAUCUUCGUACAGGAAUACCCGUAGGUGUGAACAGGACAGUAGAAUGUGGGCACCUGUGUUCUUUGCCCCCCUGCCCUCCUGGAGGUCCCAGGCUCCGGCAAGGAAAGCCCACAUCCAUCAUUCUGAAGUUUGGCCUGUUGAGGGUUCUAGACACACUCUCACAUACUGUGUCACUUGUCCCUAUGAUUCAUGUCCCAAGAUUUGCCUUGGUGGCUUGAGUAUUUUAUGCCUGGAAAAUUGGGGGAGAGUCUCCUAAGGUCAUUCUUGGCCAGCGAUCAAGGGCUGUCUUCUUCCUCACCAGGACCUUAAUUUAUUAAUUAGUUCAUUUUACAGGCAGUGAGCCUGCAAGACACGAGGCAAGAGUUUAUCACCAGAGUCCCUUUAAUUUUUGCCUUGAGACUGUAACAACGGGUUUUCAGUUCUCACCUCAAGUUUCAUUCCUUGAAUGUCGCAAAAUUAAGCAGUCCCAGAGGGGCACUGCCCACUCCAGCUUCCUCGAGGUGGUUUCUGCUUCCAUCACGAACGCCUGAGAGGACCAGCAAGGUCCUGUGUUAGCACAUUGCUCAGAGCCCUGCUCUUCUAAGCGGCAGUGAGCCAUGGCCGUUCUGCCCAGAAAAAAAGAAACCACGCCUGGCAAAGACCCGAGUUUAACACUGCUGGGCAAGCGUGUCCACGAGCCCCAGGACAUGUUCCAUUGCCUCAGUUCUUACCAGAAAUGGAUGGGCUCAGUGCUUAAGAAUCAUGACUCCUUGUAACUGGUCUGUAUUCAAGGCAAGUUGAAGAAGGGGGGCUGGUGUGAACUUAGGUUGGCACCAGCACAGCAAGAGUAAAAUGAUGGCAUCCUGUCCUGUGAUGACAGAGUCCAACCAAAGCUGCUGGACUGAGUUCUCUCGAUCCAGCAACUCAGAGCAUCUCACUUAUAAGUGCUUCAUCGGUUUCUAGUGUGUGGAUUCUUUUUACCUACUUAGGGUCACUUAAUUUCUGACAUAGAAUCCUGGGAUGCAACACUUUUCUUGAACUCAGGUUAACUGGGAUUGCCACAGCCUCCCUCAGAAACACGGACACCUUGAUGUCACAGUGAUUUGACCUGAUACUGGAAUUGUCAGAAUUUGUCCUCUCUCAUUAGUCCAGCACUGCACCUGCUGUCCUUUAAAGCCAAACCAAAUAUCUAGAUGCUUCAUUUUUGAAGAACUGUCAACAAAGGAAUCCAAGCUGAGCCAGUGAGUUGAACUGGUACAAACUGGUAAAGUACAGUCUGAUGCUGACAGGCCAGAAGUCAUACUGACAGUUGGUGUUACUGGAAGAACACCUCGCAGAUCACGUCUAGAAGUUUUAACUUUACUGUUCACAUGCAGCUGAAGUUCUGUGGAUAACAUGCCAUCUGACUGACGGGCCAUUUGUGAUUAUUAUGUCUUACUAACCUUAUGUAUUACUGGUUCUUACAUGGACUUGUAUCACACGAUUACAGACACUUUUUCCCCCCAUUUUUCUAAGUCUUAAGGCAUGUUUUCGGUUUCCUCUGGUUAUUUGUACCAUCUACAGCUUUAGCUUUAGCACAGGCCAGCUCAAUGGGGAGCCUGUCUUACUCUGGCUGCAUAACGUGCUGGUCCUGUGGCAUCACCAGCCCAUUCUCAAAUGCCAGCACUCUUAGAGUGGAGUGUUUCCCACAGAGACGGGCAUGCCUGCCCUGCCCUAUUCCAGAAUGACAGACGUUUCAAUGGUUGGAGCAUUGUAAUAGGUCUUAUCUCUCCUACAAGAGUUUAAAUUUAAGUGUACAGAGUGAUUCAUCUUUCUUCUACAUAAGCUUAUAGUUCUGCUCCCAAAAGGACUUGAGGGGACAAAAGAUCUUGCCUUUCCCUAUGUGGUAUUCCAUUUUCACUGGUCACUUUCAUUGUCCGGACUUGAGGUAUAAGAAGGAAUUUGGGGAUGGGGGGAGCUUUCACCAUUCAGGGUAUGUGUGAAUACUUACUGAAUAUUGAAUAUUCUACCUGUUAAUAAAAACGCUGAAUUCAGACA